AUUACCCCAUCCACCCACCCAGUUAGGAGCCAGAUGGCGCUUUUGGCCAAUCAAAUAUUGGAUGCAAGCAUUCUCAGCAGUACAAACAGGAAAGCAGAGCUUUCCCCAUUCUUGAGAGUCAGCAAUCAAAGUAUGGUCUACCAGGUAAAUUCCACCCAGGAUGACAACCGCAAGAACAGGAAGUAUCCCUGUCCACUGUGUGGAAAGCGUUUCCGCUUCAACAGCAUCCUUUCACUUCAUAUGCGCACACACACUGGCGAGAAGCCCUUCAAGUGCCCAUACUGUGAUCACAGGGCUGCACAGAAGGGCAACCUGAAGAUACACCUCCGUACUCACAAGCAAGGCAUUUUGGGUAAAGGCCGUGGGCGAAUUAGGGAGGAGAACAGGUUGCUUCAUGAGCUUGAGGAAAGGGCAAUACUGAGGGAUAAGCAGACACGAGCUAGUCACGGAAACCAACAGCAAACAUCUAACAUUAACCAACUUGAAAAGCCCCAACUAUCACACACUGUCCUGACACAACCCUCAGUAUUAACCAAUUCUGGUACUGCAGAGAGCCAGACACAUACGUCCACAUCUCUUAAGGUGACUACCAUCCUUGAUGAUCCCAUCCAGCCCCAACCCACUGGCUUCCGGUGCUCAUUCUGUAAGGGGAAGUUCAGAAAGCAGCAGGAGCUUGAGCGCCACAUCAGGAUCCUACAUAAACCCUAUAAAUGCACCUUGUGCGAGUUCGCUGCCUCACAAGAGGAGGAACUCAUUGGCCAUGUUGAGACAAUGCAUAUAACUGCUGAUUCAGGCUCAGGGCAGAAGCCUGUGAUAGGGGCCAGUGACAAGAGAAAGCUUGUUGGUGAAUUCUCCUGUGUGGUGUGUGGCCAGACUUUCAGUCAGGCCUGGUUUCUGAAGGGUCACAUGAGAAAGCACAAGGACUCUUUUGAGCACUGCUGCCAAAUCUGUGGCCGUCGAUUCAAGGAACCCUGGUUUCUCAAGAACCACAUGAAGGUCCACCUCAAUAAGCUGGCUGGUUCCUCAUGGCUGAGAAAGCAGACCAUCAAGAUUAUAAUCAGAUACUUACUACAGCAGAUGCUGACAUGAAGGUUAGGGAGAUGUUAGGGAGGAUGAUUUCCUCAGGUACAGGCUCACUGACAGAUGCAGAA